CCAGCCAAGAGCAGAGACAGCUCACUGCACGGAUACGCGCAGCUCCUCGCAUUCUCUGUCUGUCAGUGGCUCAGUGCAGAGCUCCCCGUGAGUCUACGGCGUGGCCCGCUUCUUGCUUGGCACUACUCUUCUUCCUCCGUGCCGUCUUCAACUGCGGCGAGGGAGCCGGCGGAGGAGGAAGAAGCAGGGAGGGCUCCGGCUCCGGGGGGGACCAGCGGGAUAUCAGUUCGUCCCGGGAGUUCUUUCUUUGCUGCAGGGAGCGAGCAACCGAGAUCGAAAUUACUACCACUCUUCCGCCCGGUCCGGCUACUCGCCGAUUUGUUUGCUUCCUGGCACCCUGAUACUGGCCCAGCCCGUCCGUCCAUGGUCCGAUGGUUCUUCUUUUUCAGCGCGCAAGAUCGAUCUGAGUUCAUGCCAAGAAUGAUUGAUUGAAGUAAUGUGCGUGGUCUUGAUAUUUCAGCUUGGAUCCAGAGUUUGCAAGAAGCCCCUAGUAGAUCAUAAAUAAUGUCGCCAAGGAGACUAGAGGCCGUGGCGACGCUGUUCAUGCUCAUGCUUUUCAAUGCUUCAGGGGCAUUUGUUGGUAUCAACAUUGGCACUGGGGUGUCAGACCUGCCAUCAGCAUCAGACAUAGUCUCCACCCUUAAAACCAUGAAAAUCCAACAUGUUCGCUUGGUUGAUUCAGACCAUCAAAUGCUAGUCGCCCUCGCGAACACUGGAAUCGAAGUGAUGGUCGGGGUGCCAAACGAUCAGCUGCUCCGUGUGGGGCAGUCUCGUCCGGCAGCUGUUGAUUGGGUCAACAAGAAUGUUGCUGCCUACAUUCCGGCGACAAACAUCACAUAUAUCGCCGUGGGCGAUGAGGUUCUUACCAGUCUCCCAAAUGCAGCUCUUGUUCUGGUACCUGCAUUGCAGUUCCUCCAGUCAGCACUGUUGGCUGCAAACCUCAAUACCCAGGUGAAACUAUCAAGUCCCCAUUCGAUGGAUAUGAUCCCUAAGGCAUUUCCUCCCUCCACCGCCACUUUCAACUCGACGUGGAGCUCUGUAAUGCUCCCGUAUCUUCAGUUUCUGAAGAGUACAGGAUCUUCCUUCAUGCUGAAUGCUCAACCAUACUAUAGCUAUGUGGGAGGCCAAGGUGUGUUCCCUUUGGAGUAUGCCCUGUUCCGAUCACUCAAUCCCAACAGUCAGGUUGCGGAUCCCAACACUAAUUUGUUCUAUACCAACAUGUUUGAUGCUAUGGUUGAUGCUGCGUACAACUCGAUGAAAGCCAUGAAUUUCACCAAUAUUUCUGUUAUAGUCACAGCUUCUGGUUGGCCAUGGCGUGGUGGACGAAAUGAGCCGGCUGCUGAUGUUGACAAUGCUUUGGCCUACAAUACAAAUCUCAUACGACAUGUGCUAAAUAAUUCUGGUACCCCUAGCCAGCCAGAUAACCAAGUAAGCACAUACCUGUUUGAGUUGUUCAACGAGGAUCGUCGGGCUGGACCUGUUUCAGAGCAAAAUUGGGGCAUUAUGUUUACAAACGCAAGUGCGGUGUACUCCCUGACAUUUGAAGAUGUGGCCACAAAUAACACUGACUCGCCUGCUUUGCGCGGGAUGUUUUGUGUGGCAAAUUCAAGUGCAACCCAUAGUGCGUUGAAGCAAAGCUUGGAUUGGGUAUGUGGCCCUGGCUCCGCAAACUGCAGUGCCAUUCAACCUGGGCAGCAAUGCUAUAAAGCAGAUGACAUUGUAGCUGUUGCUUCGUAUGCUUUCAACGAUUAUUAUCAUAGAACACAAGCGAGUGGCGGUACAUGCAACUUUAAUGGCACAGCAACCAUAUCAUCUACGGAUCCAAGCCAUGGAUCAUGUGUUUUCGCAGGAAGCAACGGUGCCAAUGGCAGCAGUGGUGAUGCGGCUGCUGGUCCUGUGAGCCAAGACAGUUUUGCCUCACAAUCACAGUCUUGCUGGUUGACUUACCUAGCUGCCGUGCUUCUGCCUGUUGUACUUCUCAUGUAAAACAUUGUACUGUCUGUUGUAUUUCGGAUGAGACGUGUCGAAUUUCUCGUGCCUCUUGUCAUUAUUUAGAAUAGGGAGCCAUAUUGGUCUCAGUGUAUUGAGGUAGAUGACAUGUAUCUCUGGUAAGAAAUUGUUCUAGGAAUGAAUGGACAAGGUGCACGUAUUUUGAAUGUCAAGUUGGAAAACUUCAAUCCUGGAAGGGCUACUUUCUUGAAA